UCUUCUAGUCGAAAAUGGCGGCUUGAUCUAGGGUACAGAUACCGAAACUUUAGUCGAAUAACCUCGUCAUUUCCAACUUUGCCCCUUUAAAAUUUACCUUUAACUACUGGAAAGCUAACUGUUCGUCGUAAAAAAAUUGGUUUUGUUGCUAAACUGUGCUAUUCAACAUGAUCGGUGGCUUGUUCAUCUACAAUCAUAAAGGAGAGGUGUUAAUUUCGAGGGUGUAUCGGGACGAUAUUGGUCGAAAUGCUGUGGAUGCUUUUCGUGUGAAUGUUAUCCAUGCCAGAGGCCAGGUGCGUUCACCAGUUACUAACAUUGCCAGGACAAGUUUCUUCCACAUACGACAAGGAAAUGUCUGGCUGGCUGCUGUCACAAGGCAGAAUGUAAAUGCUGCUAUGGUGUUUGAGUUUCUGAAUCGUACUGUGGAGAUUAUGAUUUCCUACUUUGGAAAAGUCACUGAGGAGGGAAUUAAAAACAACUUUGUCCUCAUUUAUGAGCUUCUUGAUGAAAUAGCUGAUUAUGGAUAUCCUCAGAAGACUGAUACAGCUAUUUUGAAAACAUUCAUCACUCAACAAGGAAUCAAGACACAGACACGGGAAGAGCAGGCCCAGAUCACAAGCCAGGUUACAGGACAGAUCGGCUGGAGAAGGGAAGGAAUCAAGUAUAGAAGAAAUGAAUUGUUUCUUGAUGUGUUGGAAUCAGUUAAUCUGCUCAUGUCACCACAAGGUCAAGUUCUAAGUGCUCAUGUCUCUGGACGAGUUGUCAUGAAGAGUUUCUUGUCAGGAAUGCCAGAGUGUAAAUUUGGAAUGAAUGACAAACUAGUGGUGGAGAAACAGAAGAGUGGAGCUUCUGAGCCAUCGCUUGAUCCACAAAAGAAAAACACCACAAGCAAGUCAGGAAUUGCAAUUGAUGACUGCACAUUCCACCAGUGUGUAAAGCUCAGUAAGUUUGAAACAGAAAGGGCAAUUAGUUUUAUACCACCUGAUGGAGAAUUUGAGCUCAUGAGGUACCGCACCACUAAAGACAUCAGCUUGCCAUUCAGAGUCAUUCCCUUGGUGAGGGAAGUUGGAAGGUCCAGGAUGGAAGUGAAAGUAGUAAUCAAGUCUAAUUUUAAACAGUCAAUAUUGGGGCAGAAAAUAGAGGUGAAAAUACCCACCCCACCAACUACAGCAGGAGUUCAAGUUGUUUGUAUGAAGGGGAAAGCCAAGUACAAGGCCAGUGAAAAUGCAAUUUUGUGGAAGAUAAAACGAAUGGGUGGUAUGAAGGAAUCUCAGAUUAGUGCUGAAAUUGACCUUAUGGCCACCAAGGAGAACAAGAAAUGGGCCAGACCCCCAAUAUCUCUCAACUUUGAGGUUCCAUUUGCUUGUUCUGGAUUAAAGGUUCGUUAUCUGAAGGUGUUUGAACCCAAACUGAACUACAGUGACCAUGACACUAUCAAGUGGGUUCGAUACAUCUCCAGAUCAGGGCUGUACGAGACUAGAUGCUGAACCUAAACACGUAGAUCUAAAUAUAUUAGAUAUGAUUCCAUUCACUGGCGAUCGUUUCUGUCUGUUUCAAUAAACCGCUAGCCUUAAUUAACCCCUUCACUCCCAAGAUAUCAUUAAGUAAUUCUCCUUACUGUCUGGCGUCUAAUACUUUUGAUAUUAGCUCCGAGAAUUUGGUGCUGGAUCAACGGAUGAUCCUUUACUAUUUGUUCUCUUUAUUCUCAUCACUUGUCUGCUUGAUUUUACAUUGAUAUUGUAAGGAGAAAUUCUGUCUUGGUCUCUAAUAGGAGUUAAAUAAUUCAAACUUUUUGCUUAAAAGAUGCUACAAGAUAGCAGUCGAAGGCGUUUGGUUCACAGUAUGUUGCAAGUAAAUCUGGGAAGAAAACCUUUAAAAAGCAAAUGUUUAGAACAAAAUAAUUACAAGGGAAUAAGAGUAAAAGGAACAAGUUUGGAUAAAGAUGCAGCAGAUUGACUCGGAUUGCAAAUGAGUUAUUCAGAAAGUUAAGAAUGUGGGCAUGGCUUUUAGGUGUAUAGUAUAUGACGUGAACUCAUUUUUGGAGGAAUUUUUAGGAAAUUGGUGCGAUAAUGUCGUUGGGCUGGGAGUAAAGCGUAGAAUACUUGUUUUACUUUGGUCGGAAACUGUCAACGGUUAGCAUUUGAGUGACAUAGUUGGCAAGGUUGGUGGUAUUAUUCCCCUUGUUAAUCAGUGUAUUUAGCACAAACUAAUGAAAAGUCACCAGAAAAUGUCGUGCUGUCUCACUAAUUAAGAUAAUUCCGCUUUUUGCAUUAGCUCUUUCCUUAUCUUCUCUCCCGGUCAAAAUCUAGCAUGUAAGUUUUAGGAAAAGUGGUUUUGUCACGCAAUUAUUUGUCAUGAGUUUUUUCGCCUACAUGUUCAAAGUCUAGAAAAACCUGUUAUGGAAAAUCUUAUUAAGAAAACGUGCCUGAGUCAAUUUACCCUAAUUUAUUUUUUGCUUAUUUUAUCAAGCGAUAUGCUGCAAGAAAACUUCCUUUAUUAUAUUAUUCCGAAAUACUGCAUUGCUGUUUUUUUAUUAUCGUCUUCUACGAAAGACCAAAAUCCGAUCUUUUCCUAAGAAAACGCUACCAAUCAAGGUUUUUUUUUUUGCAUUUUUUAUCAUGCCAUUUUUCUUACAAGACCUAGAACUGUGUUCCCAUUUUCAAUCUUAAACUACAGAAGUACUUAAAAAGCGCUGGCUGAAUGGAAUAUAAAUUGCAAUUCAAUGUAUGUAGAUACCUUUGAUAGGAAGAUCAAAGUAGGUUCAUAAAAUCAACUGUUUUAUGUA